GCGAGGAGCUGCCACGAAAUUCGUGUCCUUCUGUCGACCGACUCUAGCCUUCUCCGGCUGGUGCGCUCAGUGCGCUCGAUGACCAAGCCCUCAUACAACAUAUUUGCCAUGCUAGCACCAAAGCUCCGCGUACGCCCGACGCCGGUCCGAUUCCCCCUUCUCGGCCUCUCGGCGACGAUCCUCAGCAUCACCAAAGACCGGCAGCACGCAUCGCUGGCAUUCGCGAUCCUCGUCGAGAACGGCUCGGAGCGCUGGCUGCUCCACCGCCGAUUCUCCGAGUUCCACCGCUUCCGCCUCGAGCUGCUGCGCUUGACGAGCAAGUGCACGUGUCGCUGCCAGUACCUCUGGCUGACCUUGUCGUCGAUGGUGUUUCCGAAGAAGGAGGCCAACUUUCUGCCGUGGCGGCCCGCCGAGCGCAUCGCGAUGGACCGCCAAGACCGUCUGAGCCAGUUUCUGAGCGUGCUCCUGAUCCUCUUGCAGCAAAAGGACCACUUGGUCGCGUGCGAGCAUGCCCAGUGCCCCGUGCUUGGCCUUAUCCACGCCUUUCUCCACGUCGUCCCGGCCGCGCGCAAGUGCGACCAAGGCCAGCUACUCCUCCGUGACCUCCCGCCCAAGACGCCCCAGCGUGUCCAGUCGCCAAGCCACAACCUCCCUAUUUAUCCGAUCCGCGAAGACGACGAAGUGAUCAAUUGCAGAUUCAUAAUGACCACAACAACACAUUGGGUCUAGGACACUAUUGUCCAUAUAUAUAUUGCAAUUAGAGGCAGCUUGUUUAUAUGGA